GCGGCUUCUGAUGAUAUGUUCACUUCUUAGGCUUUUCGAGAAAGACCCGGGGUUACAAAACAUGUUCGCAGAGUUCAGAGAAGUGAAAUUAGAGGAAUUAGCACGAACAAGGGAACUUCACGGGCACACUGAACGAGUGAUGCGAGCUGUGGAGAACUGCGUGAACGCAAUGGACGAUCCAGACUCCCUGAGGGCUUACUUGAUGGAACUGGGAAGGAGGCAUGUGUAUCGAUCAGCAAAGCCUUCUGUUGGAAACUUACACCUUCUUUCCAGGGCAUUGAUAUCAACGUUUCAAGAGACUAUUCCCAACGACUGGGUUCCUGAAGUAGCUGCGGCCUGGGAAGUACUGUUAAACUACUUCACCAUCAUGCUGAAGGAGGGAAUACGCUCCUCUGUUCAAUGACGAGGAGAAAACGUGCUUCAUGAAAGAGUUGUGUUUCAAGAUUUGAAUCAAGGAACUGCAUGAGAUUUCGAUAAAAAGAUCGUAUUUGGAUUAUUUUUGCUACUUUUUGUCGCUGAAUCCUGUACAAUUUGUAAUAGCUCAGGUGGCUCAAAACAAUUUCCAACAC